GAGGGCCCGGGGCCCGCGCGGCCAGCCCGCCCGCCGUCGGGGAGUGGCCGGCCCGGGCACUAGGAGGGGGCUCGGGGCUGCUUGCAGGCCUGCCGCCCAGCACCGCGUCCUCUGCCCGGCCCCACGAACGCCGCCGCCGGACAGGCCGAGGGACCGGCUGUCCAGAGUCGGGCGGGCCCGGGGGUUACGGCGCGGUGACCUGGUGCUCCCCGCCCGUGAAGGGGGACUGUGACCCCGCUCCUGGCUACACUUGCAGAUCACUGCAGUCUGGACCCAGGUGGCCAUGGUGUCCAGGCAGCCUCUGCUCUGCAGCUGGACUCCUCACUGCCUCUGGCUCCUAGGGGUCAUCCUUCUGAUGGACGCGUCUGCCCGGCCUGCCAACCACUCAUCUGUUCGGGAGAGAAUGGGCACCAGGGAGGAGAAUGAGAUUCUGCCUCCGGACCACCUGAACGGGGUGAAGCUGGAGAUGGACGGGCAUCUCAAUAAGGACUUCCACCAGGAGGUCUUCCUGGGGAAGGACACGGACGGGUUUGAGGAGGAUGCGGAGCCACGGAGGAGCAGGAGGAAGCUCAUGGUCAUUUUCUCCAAGGUGGAUGUGAACACCGACAGGAGGAUCAGUGCCAAGGAGAUGCAGCACUGGAUCAUGGAGAAGACGGCCGAGCACUUCCAGGAAGCCAUCGCGGAGAGCAAGGUGCACUUCCAGGCUGUGGACCCCGACGGCGACGGCCAUGUCUCGUGGGACGAGUAUAAGGUGAAGUUUUUGGCAAGCAAAGGCCACAACGAGAGAGAAGUUGCUGAGAAGAUAAAGAACAACGAGGAGCUGAAAAUCGACGAGGAGACACAGGAAGUCCUGGAGAACCUCAAGGACCGCUGGUACCAGGCGGACAAGCCCCCGUCGGACCUGCUGCUGACUGAGGAGGAGUUCCUGUCGUUCCUCCACCCUGAGCACAGCCGCGGCAUGCUCCAGUUCAUGGUCAGGGAGAUUGUCCGUGACCUCGACCAGGAUGGUGACAAGCAGCUCUCGCUGCCUGAGUUCAUCUCUCUGCCCGUGGGCACUGUGGAGAACCAGCAGGGCCAGGACAUGGACGACAGCUGGGUGAGAGACAGGAAGAAGGAGUUUGAGGAGCUGAUCGACGCUGACCACAACGGCAUUGUGACGAUGGCAGAGCUGGAGGACUACAUGGACCCCAUGAACGAGUACAAUGCUCUCAACGAGGCCAAGCAGAUGAUUGCCAUCGCGGACGAGAACCAGAACCACCACCUGGAGCCCGAGGAGGUGCUCAAGUACAGUGAGUUCUUCACGGGCAGCAAGCUGAUGGACUACGCCCGCAACGUGCACGAGGAGUUCUGACCCGCCACACCACCAAGAGCACCCCCCGCCCCCGCCCUGCCCGUGCCACCGCGGGCACAGGUGCAUUAAGAUCUGCUUGGACAGGCCCUGCGCCCCUCUGCCACCUGUGUCACAGGCUGGCUCGUGCUUGGACAAGGCCUGCUGUCCCCCCAGUGCGAGAGUCCCGCGUAAUUGCUGUAUCUUGCUUCUGAGAACUGGGAGCCAUUCUGCGGAAGGUGAGACCACAUCUCCCCCGCGGCUCACCACACCGUGGGAAACAGUGCAACUCCUGCUACUUCCUUGAAAACUGAAAGACAAGACAACGCUAGAAUUGCUUUGCUGGAAACCCGUAGCCAGCAGCUGGGGCGGGUGGCUGCGCCUCCCGGGUGUUGGGGAGGGGCUGUCAGCACCGCCGGUCACACGUGCUCAGUCUCUCAGUCUCUGAGAAAACACCACUCCUUGCGACAAGAAUCACAUUAAUUUACUUUAAAAUAUAGUUGCCUUUUCCUCCUA